AUGAAAGUCCCUUUUCUUCUUCUUCUUCUUCUUCUUUCUGCAAUUAUAUUUGUACUAAAGAAAGCUUGUGUUUGGGUGAACCCAUGGCGGCUACGGUGGAGACUUGAAAAGCAAGGAAUCAGAGGGCCAAGGCCAUGUUUUCUGUAUGGAAAUGUGCCUGAGAUGCAGAGAAUUCAAGCAUCAUCAAUCAAGAACACAGGUGCAGAAAACACAGCAUUUGUGUCACAUAACUAUACAUCAACACUCUUCCCAUAUUUUGAACAGUGGAGAAAACAAUAUGGGCCCAUUUACACAUAUUCAACAGGGAAUAAACAGCAUUUGUACAUGAACCAUCCGGAUCUAGUAAAGGAAAUGAAUCAAAGUACAUCUUUACAUUUAGGCAAGCCUUCAUAUGUCACAAAAAGACUGGCUCCCAUGCUUGGGAAUGGCAUUUUGAGGUCCAAUGGUCAUAUUUGGGCUCAACAGAGAAAAAUUGUUGCCCCAGAAUUCUUCAUGGAUAAAGUUAAGGGAAUGGUUGGAUUGAUGAUGGAUUCAGCUGAAACAUUAACUAGCAAAUGGGAGGCCUGCAUAGAAUCACAAGGUGGCAUUAUGGCAGAGAUCAAAGCUGAAGAGGAUUUGAGGAGUCUCUCAGCUGAUGUAAUUUCAAAAGCUUGUUUUGGGAGCUCUUAUUUGAAAGGAAAACAGAUUUUCUCAAAGCUUAGAGCACUUCAGAAAGUCAUUAGUAACCAGUGCUUUCUUUUCGGUUUCCAUACAUUUGGGUUACUUCCAAGUGCGCAACAAAAGGAAGUCAAGAAUUUGGAGAACGAGAUAGAGGCAUUGAUCUGGGAAGCAGUGAAUGCAAGAGAAAGGGAAUGCCUAGUAGAAAUAUCAUCUGAGAAGGAUCUACUACAGUUAAUCUUAGAGGGAGCCAUAAAUGAUGUGGGCAAGGAUUCGUCCAAGAAAUUCAUAGUCGAUAAUUGCAAGAACAUCUAUUUCGCGGGACAUGAAUCCACCGCUGUUGCUGCAUCGUGGUGCUUAAUUCUUCUAGCUUUACAUCCUGAAUGGCAAGCUCGUAUACGAGAAGAGAUUACUCAAGUCUGUGCUGAUGGCACGCAAAUGUACGCGGAUUCACUACCGAAGCUGAAAACGGUUACAAUGGUGAUUCAAGAAGUGCUGAGAUUGUAUCCACCAGCAGCAUUUGUGUCAAGGGAGGCACUACAAGAAACCCAAAUAGGCCACAUUGUUGUACCAAAAGGUGUAUGCCUAUGGACUUUGAUCCCAACACUGCACAGGGAUCCAGAAAUUUGGGGGACAGAUGCAAAUGAGUUCAAUCCUCAAAGGUUUGCAAAUGGAAUUUUAAAAGCAUGCAAACUUCCACAAGUUUAUAUUCCAUUUGGAUUGGGGCCUAGGCUUUGUUUGGGCAGAAAUUUUGCAAUGGUUCAGUUGAAGAUUGUCAUUUCACUUAUCAUUUCCAACUUCACCAUUUCUUUGUCUCCAAAAUAUAAGCAUUCUCCUGCCUAUAGAAUGAUUGUGGAGCCUGGUCAAGGUGUGAAUUUACUCAUUCAAAGAUGUUCUAAUUAG